AUGCACCACCCGCUUUCCCUCCUCCACAAGUUGCCAGAGGGGAUGGACCUCGAGCUCGCCGCGCUCGCGGAGCCGCUUGCCGUGGUAUUGCACGCGUGGCACCGCGCCCGCCUCGAGGGCGGGAUGCGCAUCCUCGUCAUUGGCGCUGGCGCCGUGGGCCUCCUGGCUUGCGCGGUCGCGACGGCGUAUGGCGCCUCCGAAGUCAUCGCUACUGAUAUUGAAGAGUCCAAACUCUCCUUUGCGCAGGAGAGGGGCUGGGUUACGGGCACAUACACGCUGCCCCGCGGCCCAAGGGUUGGUGGGAAGGAGAGCCUCGAGCUCGCCAAGGCCAACUGGGCCACUAUGCGCGAGUCGAACGUGGUGAAGGGAAGGGGACUGGAGGACGGCUUCGACGCCGUCAUCGAGUGCACGGGCGUCGAGACCUGUAUGCAGCUCGCGCCCCUCGCCAGCGUCACGGGCGGCAAGGCCGUCUUCGUCGGCAUGGGCACGCAGGAGCUCUUGCUUCCCGUGGGCCUCAGCCUUAUUCGCGAAGUCGACCUCGUCGGCGUGUUCAGGUACGCCAACACGUACCCCGAAGCCCUGGCUUUGCUUGGGUCUGGAAAGCUGGGCGAUGUCGGCAAGAUGAUCACGCAGAGAUAUCCCCUCCACGAGGCGGGCAAGGCGUUCGAGGCCCUCAAGAAGGGACGGGACGAGGAGGGAAACUACGUUAUCAAGGCUAUGGUCGGGAGUGUGCCUGAGUGA